GUCGGAACUUAAUAGUGUAACAUCCAGCGGAAGUAAACAAGAAAAAGGCGGCAGUCGCGUUUCCCAAAUGACUGAGUUAACUUCAGGAGGUUAAUCUAUGAGUUAAACCUCGAGCCACAUUUACUGUAGCCUACAUUAGACAACAAUGUGUUCAGUUGAGUCUUUGAGAGAGUUUGUCAACGAGCGACUAACUGCUGCUGCUGAAGAAAUAUUGGGAGUUUUUCAAAGAAGCAUCGUCGAGUACGAGGAAGAGAUCGAUCGUCAGCGCAGACUGUUGGAUAUCGUUUUGAAGCCUGAAAUAAAGUUACACAGGACAGAGCUCCCACAGCAACAUGUGUGUAAGGAGGAGGAGGUUGUCCCUGAGCAGCAGCUCUGUAUUGAGGAGAGGAAGUCCAGUGUGGACCAAGAGGAGCCAGAGCCUCCAGAGAUUAAAGAGGAAGAGGAGGAAGUGUGCAGCAGUCAGGAGGGAGAGCAGCUUGUAGUGAAGCAGGAGACUGAUGGCUUUAUGUUGACUCCUGCUGAUGAGGAAAGUGAGCACAGUGAAGAUCAGACUCUGGACUUCAUUCAUGAUGACACUCAAAGUGCAGCAGAGAAAGAGUCUGUAUUUAAAAUGCCAGUUAUAAGCUCUGUGAUAUCAGAAGCAACCAGUGAGCACCAGCUGCUCUCUCACAACUCUCAUGUAGCUGAGAGCCAAGAUGAGGAAGAAUACCAGCAUGGAGACUCAGGAUCAACUAGAAACACAGAGCUUCAAGCAGAGAAAAGACAUCAUGAAAGUGAAAUGAACAGUAACAGUCCACACACCUCUGCUGUGAUAAACUUAAAUACAGAGACACGUAACAGUGAUACAAGGAGAUUACCUCCCCAAAUCUCCAAAAAAACAGCAGCAGUGAGUGUCCCUGGAGGCCUGGAUGGAGAUGCAUCCAAGAGCCUUUCGAUGCAGCAGAAAAUCCUUGGUGACAUUCAGACAGCAUGGAGCUGGGUAAACAGUCACCAAGAUUUAUUCUGUGGGGAGGUGAUGGAGCCUGGUAUUCUCCAGAUGGAACAUGCCAAUCAGCUGCAGACACUCUGAGACACCCUAGAAGGAGAAUCAGAUGAAUCCAAGAAUGACACUUUAUUCAUCUUUCAGUACCAGGAGGACAUGGAGACAUUCUAUUCAAAUUAUGUAGAUAUACAACACCUAGGUCAGGGGUAGGCAACCUGUGGCUCCAGAGCCACAUGUGGCUCUUUAGCCCCUGUCCAGUGGCUCCUUGAGCCUUUGAGAAAAGAAGUCUAAGGAAAUUCAUUCUAUGAAUCCAAAUGUUGCUGAACCUCGAUAGCAGUGGCUGGUUAGCUAUGGAUGCCAAAUCCAAAAAAGUAAAUUGAAUAAAAUAGAGAAUGUAGUAGUGCGUGGACAGAUUUGUUUGCUCUCACUGCCAGUUCUGCAAAAUUUAAGUACCAGAUAAUUAUUUAUAGUGCCCUGCACAGUGUCCACCUUGUGGUAAAACAUAUUAAUGAAUGCUUAUUUAGACCAUAAGUAUACGCUAAUUUAGACUUAAUAGGCUAUUUACCUUGAUUAUAAAGCUCAAACAUGUUUUGCGGCUCCACACAGAUUUUUUCAAAUUAUUUUUGGUCAAAAAUGGCUCUUUUAAUGGCAAAGGUUGCAGACCCCUGACCUAGGUUAAUGCCAUGUUCCUUAUUGAGUCUGAUAUCUAAUGAUCUGCUGUCUCCACCCAAUGUCUCUCAUUCUCUCUCUCAAGACCAUAUUGUAUUCCUAACUGGUAAUUUGAAAGAUAAGGCUAUGCUCAUUUGUGUUAAUAUUGUGCAUUUUUGCUCUCAGUAUUUUCUGCUACUGCCAUUCUUUGUUGCUCUUUAGUGUUGAUGAUAAACAUGCU